AUGACACCUAAUCCAUCGAUGUCGCUGCAACUUGCGGAUGUUUCUGCAGGUAGCUACCAAACCACCGCAAUUAGCUCACCUGGCAGUACUGUGUCUCAAGAUGAGAUUAUCCCUCCUCAAUCAGGAGUCUUCCAAAUCGUAAACUCCCGACUGUCAAACAUCCCCGUGGCCGCCACUGCCUUCACACGAUUUAAAGAACUUCCUGCAGAGAUACGCAAGGAAAUAUGGGAACUCUCUCUUAACGACCCCAGAGUCUUCUGGCCAAAUGAUGCACGUGCCGGCAAGUAUUACACAGGUGUAAACUUUGCCCAUAAGCCGCCUGCUGUGCGUCAGGUGUGCCGGGAGUCUCGCCAGGUGUCCCAAGCUCGUGGGGGGUUUUCAUUUCGAGAGGGUGAUUCCAUCAUGGGAGGGCUAUGGUUCGACUUUUUCAGUGACAUUCUCUACAUGUUUAGCAACAUCGGCCGGGACUAUACUGUUGCUAUUCACAAUACCCGAAACGUGGCACUGGUCUGGCCCGAUGUCCGGGUGCUCAGGAACCUACCACGAAUGAAGGAGUUUAUCAGGGAGUACCCAAAAUGCCGCAGAAUCAUACUCAUAUCAACUGCCGGCCACAUGGACGAAUGGUCUGACAUGGAGUUUUAUCCCCUUGAGGAAGGGGACUACAUCGAUUACGCACCGGAAGACUGGGCAUCUCUCAAAUAUGCAUCGGAAAGAUUCUGGCGCGAGGAGAGCGCUCGUCGAUAUCUUGGAGUCAACGAAAAAUAG